UUGCAGAACCUGAGAGGCAAGAGGGACCUAUUGGAGGAACCCUGUUCACAAAUUAUAGUUGCCUGUUUUUAAUUAACGGGAACUGCAGAUUUAAGUCAGUGGAUGUAAUUCUUCAUAAUUCCAGGACAAAAGACAAUGUGGAUAGUUGGAUGAGAACUUUUAGCUUGGUAACUGGCAACAUUUUAGCUGAGAAAAAGUUGGCUGAUUAUGGAAUUUUGGUUUCUAUUCAGAAUACCUCUGUUACAAUAUCUUGUGAAGAAGGAAAGGCAGAUAUUCUCUCUGAUUCAUCAGGAAUUAUGCUUCUUGUCUUUGAAUACGGGAACUCUAUUGGAAACAAUGAUGAUCACGUUCUCCUUGAAAAGUUGGUUUUGCAAUCUGUUAAUUGCUUACAUGAAAUAUCUCUUUCUGACUGCAAAGUUACUUUAUACUUGAGUGCCCCUCAGAAUGCUUCUUUAGACAACGAGAGCAAAAAACCUGGUGGUAAUAUAUCUUUGGGACGGGAUAUUGAUCAAGCAAUCUGCUCUGAGAGAUCCAAUAAUCAAUCUCUCCACUUUGUCAAGGAAAGGGGGUCUGCUACAAAUAUUCGAACUCCAGCUUCAGGAAGUUGCUGGUUACUUAUAAGUGUUGCAGUAGGUAAUGUUUUCAUAGGAAGGUGUCAAAUGAAGAAUGAUCUUGUUCCAGCACAUCAAAUGAAUAAGUUUCUGUCUUUGGUUUCUAUUGGUGGAGAAUUUGAGUUGAUAUCCAUGAAAAUUCAGGGUGGAAUGAUUCUUGAAACGGCAUCUUUAGCAGUGGUCAAUGGUUGCUAUUCUUCAUAUCUUCAUAGUAUUUUAAGUCUUGCCUCUGCUUCUCGACAACAUAAUAGAUGCACAAUGACAGAGCAUAGUGAAGCACGCUAUAAUCUUCCUGCGGAGGAUGCUCAAGGGACUCCUUGCCCGUCUUAUCAAGCUGAAAGUGGAUUACCAAAUACAUUUGCUUUAUCUUUGUCUCACUUUGCUCUUGUCUUUGUGCAUGAAAAUGAAUCUGGUGAAAUCCGAGAGAUUUUAGUUGAGGCUGACAUCCAUCUCAAACUCGAAUCAGCAACUACUAGGAGGAAAUUGAAAUUUGACCUUUCUCAUUUGUCAAUACUCUCUCAAGUUCUUCAUACAAGUGAGGAUGAUGAAAUAGAAAUCCCUCAUUUUGCUUCAGUGACACCAAAAGUAUUGUCAUCUCACCAUGCAUCUGGAGAUUUUCUUGCAGGAUCUCAGAAUUUAGAUGAACUUAACUCUGUUAGUGUUGCAAGCAGCUCAAGAGACUCUGUUCCCUUGAAAUCUGAGUUCCUUCAUUCUAUUCAUCAGAAGCCUAUUUUGAAAGAUUUGAGAGCAUUUAUGGAACUAGAGAGUCCAGAGAGUGGUUCUUUACACUUGUCUCACAGUUGGUUUGGCAGUUGUUCUCUUCCAGGCUUUGAUGUUACACUUUCUUUAUCUGAAGUACAGACAAUUUUGUCAAUGACAUCUUCGUUUUAUGGUGCCUCUAGUCAGAAGACAUCCAGGGAAUUUAACAGAAAUAAUGGCACUGCUAGGCAGGAAUUUAACAAUAAUUUGGAAGCAAUAGUUCCUGAUGGAGCAAUUGUUGCAAUUCAAGAUGUUGCCCAACAUAUGUAUUUUACGGUUAAAGGUGAAGAAAGGAAUUUGAGUAUUGGUGGUGCAAUCCAUUAUUCUCUCGAAGGGGAAAGGGCUCUUUUCAGGGUCAAAUAUUGCAUUGAAAGGAGAUGGAAGUCUACAGUUUUGUGGUUUUCCUUGAUAUCAUUGUACGCUAAGAACGACAUGGGUGUGCCACUGAGAUUGAAUUAUAAUCCAGGAUCAUGCUUUGUUGACAUCUGCUGUACUAAUGAUGGAGGAUGUGCGCUUUGGCAAGCUCAUCCUUUUCAGGAUGAUGGUUCUGAAGGAGUUAAUGACUGGGAGGGUUGUAAUCAACUGGUGAACAGAACCUUUUACCUUGUCAACAAAAAAAAUGAUUCUGGUGUGGCUUUUCUUGAUGGUGUUCCAGAGUAUGUGCAGAAACCUGGGAACCCAAUCAAGUUCAAAGUUUUUCAUGAUCUUUCUCUUGCUCUUCAUGGCAUAGGAGCAGAUAACUACCCAAGAAUGGCCUCUCUGAGCAGUCCGCACAUAAAUGAAGAAAGUUUAGCAUGCCUGUAUGGGAAACUUUCUCAAAUUGAUAUUAAAAUGGGCAAAAUUUCAGUGAAUUUUGUUCAUGAACUUCCAGGCACAGAAGAUUUCUUCCCUCUUCUCCGCGCGUGCAUCAACAAUGCCCAACUUAUAAUACAGAGGUUUGCGACAAAAUCCCGGAUUAUAAGCACAUCAAGUGUUGUGGCACAUUAUUUUGAUGCUCAAAGAGAUAUAUGGGGAGAACUUCUCCGUCCUGUUGAAAUAUGUCUUUUUUACCGAGCUAAAUUUCAAAGCCAGCAAUCAGAAUAUGCAUCUCAUGCAGUUCCCGUUAAUUUUUAUUGCAGAACUAAAGAGCUUAACAUAUGCCUUUGUGAGCUAUCAUUGGACGUACUUCUCUUCAUGAUUGGAAAACUAAAUCUGUCUGGUCCUUAUUCACUGCGAAGCUCCAUGAUUCUGGCUAACUACUGCAAGGUGGAGAAUCAGUCAGGCUUAAAUCUUCUAUUGCAUUUCAAUCAGCAAAGGGUUACUGUAGCCAGAAAACAGUCUACUUCCAUUCUACUAAGGCGGCUCUCUGAUUUCACGGCUCAAGAUUUAGAUAGUGCAGCCUCUGUUUCAAUCCAACUUGCUGAUUUUGGAUCCUUGGCGACGACUUCCAUUCAUCUUUCACUUUCACAAUCAUCCCUUGCUUGGAGAACACGUAUCAUGUCAAUGGAAGGUUCAAGAACAUAUCCUGGGCCAUUUCUUGUGGUUAACAUUUCAAGAAAAUUAGAGGAUGGUUUGUUGGUUGCGGUUUCUCCAUUGGUUACCAUACGUAAUGAAACUGGACUUCCGAUGGAACUACGAUUCCAGCGGCCCCAACCAAAGGAAGAUGAAUUUGCAUCUGUGUCGUUAAAACCAGGGGAUUCUAUUGAUGAUUCCAUGGCAACUUUUGAUGCUAUGAAGUUUUCUGGAGGAGUAAAGAGGGCUUUGAUGUCUUUAACUGUUGGUAACUUCUUAUUUUCAUUAAGACCUGAAAUGACAAAGGACAUGACAAAUUCUGAAACUUCUCUUUCUGUGGGAUGGUCUGAUUGUAUUAAGGGUGGAAAAGCAGUCCAUCUCUCUGGCAUAUUUGAUAAAUUAAACUACAGGGUCCGUAAGGUGUUAUCAGUAAAACCAGUUAAAUGUUCCUUUAGCACAGCACAAUGUGCCCUCAACUCAGAGGGAGGAAAUGUUGGCAAUAUGCACUUUCUUAUUCAGACAAUUGCCAGAGAUGUCCCUGUUGCACCACCUGAAAAGUCCUCAGUUGAGUUUAAAAAUAAAAAUUCACCAGUUUCACUGCAAGAGCAGAAAGAAAUACAUAUCCUUCCCACUGUACGGAUGACCAAUUUAUUGCAGUGCGAGAUAGAAGUCCUUCUAAGUGAAACAGAUCAGCCCAAACUUUAUGGGAAUGACAAUAUUGGAAAGCAGGCAAAGAUAUCAUGCGGGUCCUCAGUUGACUUUUAUGCCAAUCCUGCAGUUAUAUAUUUCACUGUUGCUUUAAGUGCUUAUAAUUUGAGUUCCAAGCCAGUGAACAGUGGCGAUUGUGUGAAGAGGUUACUAAAGCAAAAUGGUGAUGCGCGAUAUCUGGAUAUAAUCUUGGACUUUGAAAGUGGAAAUUUUUUUGCAACAUUAAGAUUGUACCGUGGAAGCAGGGGCAUGCUAGAGGCUGUUGUUUUUACGUCAUAUGCAAUGAAGAAUGAGACAGACUUUCCAAUCUACGUUCUUGCAACUAAAAAGAGGCAUGUGCCCAGGAUUGAAUUGGACAAUUUAAAUUCCGGCAGUCUUUUGGAGUAUGGUUUGUGCUUGCCUCCUAAGUCUACCAGAUCAUGGUUCUUGAAAUCCAAAAAACUGCAACUUAGAUUGCUGGAGGACUAUCAAUCUGAGGCAUUGUUAGACUUGGAUGCUAUAUCAGGCCUCACAGAAAUAAGCUUCUAUAAAGAGGAAGGAUCUGAGAUGAGAUCUAUAAUAAAGCUUGGGGUGUCUACUGGCCCUUCUUCAGGGGAAAUUGUUGUGCCAUUUCAAAUGGUGACUUUGGUACCGCGAUAUGUCAUUUGUAAUGAAUCAGAAGAACAGAUCAGUGUCCGUCAAUGUUACUUGCAGGAUGACUUGGCAGGCAUUACCUCCAUUGACAGUAAACAGCGAACAACACUGCGGCUAAAGGAAGGAUUUGGCAGGGAGAGAGAGUUCAGUUUAUUUGAUCAUUUUAUUAGGAAGCACAGAAGCUCCAGUGACAAAUCUUUGCUGUAUGUUCAGAUUAAAACAAAUGAUCCAGGAUUUGGAUGGUCGGGGCCUGUAUGCAUAGCUUCCCUAGGACGUUUUUUCCUGAAAUUUAGAAAGAUAACUAACAAUUUCACAGUACCAGACAGUAACAUGACACAGUUUGCUGCUAUUCAUGUGGUGGAAGAAGGCUCUACUCUUGUCUUACAUUUCUACAAACCCCCAAAUCUGAGUCUUCCAUAUCGAAUUGAGAAUUGUUUGCACGAUUUAUCCAUAACUUACUAUCAAAAGGCUUCGUCAGAGCCCGAGGUUCUUGGAUCUACUACCAGUGCUGAUUAUGUGUGGGAUGAUUUAACUCUUCCUCAUAAACUAGUUGUCCGUAUUAAUGAUCGCCUGCAGUUACGAGAAAUUAAGUUGGAUAAGGUGCGGCCAUGGAAACCAUUUUACAAAGUUGGGCAACAAAGAGUAUUGGCUCCACAUUUGCUUUUAGACAAAAGAUCAAGGGAUCAGAGAGCAACUUUCAAUGGGCUUAAUGGCAUAGAGAUAGAAAAAGUGGGGUAUGAAAUAUAUGCAGAGGGACCCACCCGUGUUCUGCGGAUUUGCGAGAUCUCUGAUUGUUUCAAGGGAGAUAGAGUUCUUGAUUUGUGCGCAAAAAUGCAAUUGAGAAUUUCUCUGUUUGCUAUCCAUCUACUUGAACCUGCAAAACAGGAGGUGGAUGACAAUGAUCCCACAGAUUUUUCACCAAUUGCGGUGGCAAAGUUUGGGAAUCUCAACUUGAGUACUGUUUCUAAUAAUCAUCAGAAAUAUAAUCUGUUCAGUAUGCAGUACUUGAAUUUGGAACUUAAGUGGAAUGGGGCUCCUUUUGCAUCAAUGCUUCGCAGGCAUCAAUCUGAUUACAAUGAUUCAAAUGAUAGUGUACUGAAGGUUGUUUUUGUCCAACUUACCUCCAGUUCGAAGAUUAAGCAAUUUAGAUAUUCAUCUAUUUUUCUUCAGCCAAUUGAUUUGAACCUUGAUGAGGAGACAUUAAUGAAACUUGCUUCAUUUUGGAGAAGAUCUCUCAGUGACUCAGAGAGUCAGCGAUUUUACUUUGAUCAUUUUGAAAUCCAUCCAAUAAAGAUCACUGCAAGCUUUAUUCCUGGGGAUUCACUUGCAAGUUAUAGUUCAGCACAGGAAACUCUCAGGUCUUUAAUUCAUAGUGUAAUUAAGGUGCCUCCCAUGAAAGGUAUGGUUGUAGAACUGAAUGGCAUCCUGAUUAGCCAUGCUUUGAUAACACUGCGUGAGCUAAUCAUCAAAUGUGCACAGCAUUAUUCUUGGUAUGCUAUGAGGGCCAUAUAUAUUGCUAAAGGAAGCCCUUUGCUUCCACCCGAUUUUGUUUCUAUUUUUGAUGAUUUGGCUUCAUCCUCUCUUGAUGUCUUCUUUGACCCAUCUCGUGGGUUGAUGAAUCUUCCAGGAUUGACGUUAGGUACUUUCAAAUUAAUCAGUAAAUGUAUCAAAGGUGAAGGUUUUUCAGGGACAAGACGCUACUUUGGCGACCUUGGAAAAACAUUGAGGUCCGCCGGUUCUAAUGUAGCUUUUACAGCUGUAGCUGAAAUAUCAGACUCUGUUCUUAAAGGAGCUGAAGCAAAUGGUUUCAACGGAAUGGUGAGCGGGUUUCAUCAAGGAAUACUAAAAUUGGCUAUGGAGCCAUCAUUUCUGGGAACUGCAUUAAUGGAAGGUGGUCCAGAUAGAAAGAUCGUCCUUGAUCAAAGUCCAGGAGUUGAUGAGUUAUACAUUGAAGGAUAUAUCCAAGCCAUGUUGGAUACUGUUUAUAGACAAGAAUACCUGAGAGUCAAAGUCAUUGACAACCAGGUUAUCCUUAAAAAUCUGCCUCCAAAUCAUUCCCUCAUUAAUGAGAUCAUGGAUCGUGUAAAGGAGUUCCUUGUUAACAAGGCGCUGCUCAAGGGAGAUGCUUCAACGACUUCCCGCCCCCUGCGUCAUCGUCGUGGAGAACGUGAAUGGAAAAUUGGGCCAACAGUGAUGACAUUGUUUGAACAUCUGUUUGUUAGCUUCGCAAUUCGCUUGCUGAGAAGGCAGUUUAACAAGGUCAUUUCCAACCUGAAGUGGGCAAAGAAGUCAGAGUCCGACAAUCAGGCGCCCCACUCGCCAAGCUUAAAGGAAAAAGAGCAUAAGGUGAGAUUUAUUCAGAGAUGGAGAAUUACUAAGUUUGUAUUGUCAGGCAUUUUGGCUUAUAUCGAUGGACGUCUUUGUCGCUGUAUUCCGAAUCCUGUAGCCCGCAGAGUUGUUAGCGGCUUUUUACUGAGUUAUAUUGACCAGAACGAUGAUAAAUGAAAUAUUCAUCUGUUUUAAAUUUAUUUGUCCAUUUUGUUAGGCCUGUAAAGUGUAAAGUUUGGAUUUCCCUUCUUGGCUUUCAAUAAAAAUCUUUUACCUGAGCA